UGUAUAGGUAUACGUUGCAUCAGAGCAAUCAACUCUACAGCCUUUAAAAAGCCCAAUUGGCACGCAAUACUUGAAUUUACCUGAAGCCUAUAAAAAUAUCACGAGAUUGUUAUUGCGAAUCUAUGAAAAUAUGCAAAUCAAACAUACUUUCUACGAUUCUAACCUCGCUUUGCGACCUACGCAUGGAUUGCACAAUUUAAAAUGUGAUGCCAGAAGCCAUUUUGAUAUUAAAGGAAAUAAUGACAAUGGAAAUUUCACAGAAAUGCAUCCGUUCGUGCAUCUUCGUUACAGUACUAACGUUCUAUUUCUUCGAGCUAAAAAUUAUGGAAGAAAUUGUAUUUUUUUAACCUUAAGCAAGUCUCACACGAAGAACAGCAUGGGGAGAGGCGCAUAACGGAGUCCACGAUCUACAUAGACUUUUUAAGCCAAGGUAAUCCGCGUGUGGGGGAUUAAAAAGAGGCUCCUCGAAAGAAACCCAAUUACAAAACCAGUCGCGCAACACUCACUCGUGAAAUCCCACAGAGAGAAGAGCAGUGCCUUCAGAGAUCAUCGCCAUGUUGCUUAGAAUUGUCAUUUCGUUGCUGUUGAUUUACGGUUGCAGUUCUGACGUACCGAACGAAUCCCGCGGCAGCGACAUUACCAACAGACAAAGCCGUGCGGCGGGUGGCCUAUCGACAGGCGCAGAAGCACAGAAACCGUUAGGAAGCAUCCAAUCUCGUCAGGUCUACGAAAAUUACAAUUCAAAUUAUUCACCAAAUUAUCGUCCGUAUCCUAACAAGAAAAAAUGUCCACUCUGCGACAGUUCUGUCUAUCCAUACUGCAGUGAAAAAUUGUUGCACGAUGCAUGUUGCUGCACGGAUCCUUACACGUACGAGUUGCCGUAUCAGUGUCGAUUGGCCGAUUGUGGUUUUCUGCACGCGAAUUCCUGCAAGGAACAUAGGUUGAUUGCAAACUGUUGCUGUAACGACGAGUAUCGUACAUUGCUACGAAGCGCUGGCGCUAAUAACUGAUAAAUUCUGAGGACACUUUUUUCAUCUGAGAUGCAGUUUUCUUUUAACGUUGCAAUAUAUAUAUAAUGUACGGUUCCCCGCUCGAACCAUUUCUCCAGAAAUUUUCCUCUUCUACAAUAACAUCUGUACAGAAGUAAGUCACUGGAACUGCGAUAAGAAAUCAAAACGCAUGAAUGGAACCACUAUCGCGUUUAGUCUUGACAUAAAAAAAAUCCAUGAAAAUAACUCGGAGAAAUGGUGCGUUGAUAAUAAAUUAAUACGGGCCGUUUGAAAUGUGGGACGAGUAUAUGUAGGCACGAUAAAAAUGUCGAGGUCGUUUCUCAUCAUAUUCUUUUCUGCAUUUCAUUUAUCUGUACGUGUUUACACGUUUCGUAUUAACGUCUUCUGAAGAAGCGAAAUCCUUGCUGGUAACUCGGUUGAAAAAUUAUUCACUUUGACAGACAACCCCAAGUGUCAUUAUUGCUCGCCGUAUUACUAAUUAAUUAAUAUUUAUUUUAAUUAUAGUCACACUGUUACAUAAAUCAUAUAUAUAUAUAUAUGAGAAUAAAUGAAGAAACAAAAUUUGAAGUUAUGUUAAUUGUCAAUCCGUAUGAUAAUUCUACCGAAUGGUUUGACUGUGAUUAUGCAAUCAGCAACAACUUUCGCGUACUGAAAUAUUUCAGCAGAACUUGUUCGUGACGUCUUGGUCGAUAGAGUCGGCCGAGAGCAGCGAAGUCUAUGGUAAAAUAUGAAAAUAAGUAAUAAAUAUCUAUCGUUAGCCUAUUUAUAGAUAAUUCGAAACUAUCUUAACUAGAUUCCUUUAUAGUCCUUUAUAAUCCUAUUGCCAGCAUCAUUUGUCUGCGGGUCAACGGUUAAAUUUUCUUAACGCCUGACUCCUUGAUAAUUAACGAUAUCCUGUUGACUGGCUAACCGAUCUCCCCCUACUGGAGUUUUUCAAGUUCAAAGUCAAGGUCAUACACGUGUCGUUGGGCGGGGUAUACAGGAACGCAGCUCAUCCCUAGUUGCUUCCUAUCCCUACUCCUGUUGACAAGAAAAAUCAUUCUUUUUCUUCCUCGGUAUCAUUGAAAAUGAUGUCUGUCUUCCAUGCUAUAAACAUCUUACACUAAACAUUGUCUCUUUCCUGUUUUUAAUUAUGCGCCUUUCCCUGUGUCCGUCACUCGGUGGUUAUUAAUGAAAAAAAAAAAAAACUUAUUUAAUAUAUAUUUAUACCUCACAUAAUCAUUUUAUAUUUCAAGAACACGAGUCCCAUUUUCAGGACUGAUUUCCUUUGCUUCCACAGAGGUCCGUUGAUCCUCGAACGAGCCUGGAUUAUGAAUUUCUGAUAAUUCGAUGCCACGUGGACGUUAUUGCGCAACGUUCGCAAAAAGAACCUGUUCGAUAAAGACGCAGGAGGUACAAAGAGAGGAGAAAGACGAAGACGAAGAAGAAGAAGAAGAAGAAGAAGAAAGGUGAAACGUAGAUAAGUCUCGUAUGAGUCAGCUGAGAGUGUGCCGUAGUUUCUCACACGUUGUUUACAUAUCGUAAGAGACGCGUGGGUCCGUCCCAAUUGGAGCCAACUGUACAUACGGGGGACUCUUAAGGCCCCGUUUCAACGUGAACACUCAAAGAGAGAACGGAAGGUUCCUCAGUGACGACGUCAAAGGCUACGGAACGUCAUUUCGACACGGGGGAGAUGUCUUUGAUUCCGGUAUCUUCGAGGGGUGUUGGAGGCCCGAAGGCUCGUAAGCCUGCGGUCAAGGCCCUACAGCUACGCACGUGUAGUUCCCGGCAAGGCAUUAAUCAUGAGGCUAUCGAGAAAUCGGGGAAACCAACACACGUUGUUUUUAUCGCGUGAACGUAAAUGAGUAUCGAAGGAAUAUUUCGUAUAAAUAUUCCGUGACCUUUGACCUUCCAAGUUUGCGACUCGCUCGGUCCUUGGUACCUUCGCUCUGACCUCGUCCUGUGGCGACUGAUUUCCUUGAACAAAAAGUUAAUAUACACUUUUCACGUAUACGCGCGACAGAUCAUUCCUGAUUAACACUUUGACGUUUCAAUGUUCGAGAACGAAUCCGGAGAGCUGGGUCGUAGAAGCAGGUAUAAGCUCCUUGUGCGUCAAAGUGGAAUUUUUCUUCUUGACCAUGCAUGACGUCUUUGAUAAUUUGAUGAGAAAGAAAAAGAAGAGGAAUGACAAAGUGCAAUUCUACCUGUGAGAUUUCUUAAAAGGACCAAGACUGUGGACUUUAUACACGUGGUUCACAAAGAGCUGAUUCGUCUGGGAAGGUCUGGUCACCUCGGGACGAGUGCUUUUCAAGGCCGAACGGGGGUUACACGUGCCGACUACCUCAGGACGACAACCCUCACACCAGAAUCGAGACUCCAAAGAAAUUCCAAUCCUUCCUUUCUCUCCUUCCUCUUUCUCGGCUUGUCUUGACUGUUUUUCUAACUAGCCUAGACCCAUCGUAUCAGCCCCUCGCUAGGCCUAAUCUACCCAGCAUGGACCUUACCGUUCUAUCGAAUAUUUUUCGGACUGGAUCAUUCCAAAAUAUACGACUCAAAACAUAGAGUAAACAAACGAAACGACAAUCUGCUGGUUUGUCAACUCAAUUGUCAGGGACAAUUAUUUUACAAGCAUAUUAUUAAAGUCAAUUAGCUAUUAGCUUUCUAAUGGGCAACAGUAUUCAUUUUUACCGUUCGCUUCUGACACGGUGUACUCGGAAGUCAAGUAUUGGCAUUCUCGCAAGUCAUUGAAUACGAGAGAUAUUUUCACGACUGGUAAACAAGACGACGUGGACACGUGUCGUAGUAAAAGCGCGUGGCACGGAGUUGAAAACAGUUUACUAAACGACCUUACGCCUUUACCUAAUUUCUAAAGUACGCCUGGCGAACUAUUUUACUUCGUCUCGUACUUUAGUCAUCUCUGCGCUCAAUUGACAUUGCGAUUAUUAGAGCUGAUGUACAGUGGCGGUUCGCGUAUAGGCACUGUGGAACUGCAGCGCCCUCUAUUUCCACUUGAUAUUAUCGAUAAAGGCUUAAAAUUUUCUGGAGCAGCACCCCCCAAUAAUUUUAGCCACGAGCCGCUACUGCCGAUGUAAUAAAUCUCGAUUAUCAAGGCAACGAAGUACCACGCGCCUCGAAUGAAUGAAGCAGCGUUGUGCAAAUGGCAAAAAUUAAUAAAGGAACCGAGCGGUUCAUUGACCAAGGUUUACAUUGUCCAAAUACAGCAAUGUUCAUUCAUCAUUGCGGUUCUGUGACAUUUCACGAUCAUUUAUACAUAUAGGAUUCGUCAUUGCCACUGAUAAGUACUAUUAAUAUCGAAUUAACAGUUAUCCGGAUAAACAUACCAAACACGUGUCUCUCGUGACACGUGUAUGGUUGACAAUUAUAUUGGUUAUAAUUUUUACUUAAAAAUUCAAUGCAAUUCUUUCAGAUGCAGAUUUCAUCUCUCAGUGAAUAUUCAGUCCUGAACUGAUAAGUAGCAACGGUCGAUAAACUGUUCCAUUUUUUUGUUAUCUAUCUUAGGUACAAGGACGCUUCUUUGUAACAACAGAGCUACAUUCAAAAGAACGUUAAGUCAUAAAGGCUUUGCAUAAUCGCAUAGAGACGAGCACUGCUCUGUUACAAUGCAUACAAAGACUCUGCAAGAUAUCCAAUAGAUAAAUCUCAUUAUUCUCACUCUGUACGGAUACAAGUCGUACGAUGCACUCGCGAGACUCGACCAAGCGUCUUGAUGUUUUUAGCUAUUAAUUUUACAUUACCUAAUUCUUAUGCACUUUUUCUUAGUAUAGUAUGCUUUUUUAUCAAGG